AUGGCAAAGAAGGCAAUUAAUGUUAUCGAAUAUGAACGUAUAUACAAGCUGGUGAUUUUAACAGUAGAAUUUAUUCAGAAAAUAUUUCAUCCAAACGAUGGAACAGCGGAUGGAAAGUAUUACAUGUUACUGGAACACUUGUCCCAGCUAUAUCGAAUGUUAGUACCCAUGCCSCUAUGGUUUGCAUACUUCACAGACUACAACUAUGGGGGYGAAUACUUUGCCUUGGUUGCAACUUCUAUUUAUCUCAUAUUAAAGGGAAGAAUGGUUUUUGCAAAAGUCAAAGAAGUAUACAGUGGAUAUCAAACGUUUUGUCGAGAUGUGCAAUAUGGAACAGUACCAUCAAAACAAGAAAUAAAUGAAGUUGGAAACUCUUGUCCUAUAUGUCAAGAAGAUCUGACAGAUCCAAUCAUGCUUCGAACUUGUAAGCACAUCUUUUGUGAAGACUGCAUUUCUCUAUGGUUUGAUCGAGAGCAAACAUGCCCUAUGUGCCGAGCUAAAGUAGUGGAAGAUCCAACAUGGCGGGAUGGUUCGACUUCUGCUUAUGUGCAGAUCUUUUAAUGCUACUUCAAAAAAUAAGAGACAAUAUGGUAAUCCUAGAUCUAAAUAAUAAGAGAUAAUAUGCUGAUACUAGAACUAAAUGGCUAUUAAAUGGCUGAAAUAUAUGAAUUGUUAUGGAUGCAGUGGUCAAGGACAGUCAAGAAAGUGGACCAACCUAUUGGAGUUUCAAUUCAAUUUUCUGUUGAUGUUUGUUUCCGUUGUCACUUCUUUUUGCACUAGUUGCUAAGAACUAUGGAUUAUUAUAAUCAUAAGUACUUCAAAUAUCAUACCCAUAUGAGAUUACAUUGUAUACAAAACCUGAAUUCUUGGUAAUAUUCGUACACUUACCCUAGUGUCAUCUUACCCUAGAGUACAGAGACAGUGGGAGAGAAAAUGUAAUCACUUGAUCGGGACAACUGACCUUGACUUUUCAGCUGACAGAAGUACUGUCAGGUGCAAGGGUCAGAGUAUCCAACGUUUUUCAUUUUUGAAUUUGUAAGAAAGUCCACUAUUAAUAAUUUAUAUUUGAUGACGUUGUCAAAAUCACAAAAAAUAUAAAAAAUAAAUGGAGACAGAAGUAAA